UCUGCCGCCCCUGCCGCGUCUGCCGCUGCUGCCGCUCACCCAGGAUACAAUUCAUCAGAUUCAUCAUUUCCAAAAGGAUGAAAGACACUUUGUGCUUCGUUGUGCGCGUGUGCUCCUUCCUCGUGUUUCUUCUCCGACGAGGCUCCUGUUCAGACGCGGAGCACAGGCUCUUCUCUGUGAUCUUCUCCAGCUACAACCAGCACAUCCGGCCGGUGGAGAACGUGACCGACCCGGUGGUGGUGCAGUUCGAGGUGUCCAUGUCACAGCUGGUCAAAGUGGACGAGCUCAAUCAGAUCAUGGAGACGAAUCUGUGGCUGAGACAUGUCUGGAAUGACUACAAACUCCGAUGGGAUCCGAAGGACUUUGGAGGCGUGGAGUUCAUCCGCGUGCCAUCCAACAGGAUAUGGAAGCCCGACAUCGUGCUCUACAACAACGCGGUCGGCAACUUCCAGGUCGACGACAAAACCAAGGCCCACCUCCGCCACAACGGCGACGUCACCUGGAUCCCGCCGGCCAUCUUCAAGAGCUCGUGCGAGAUCGACGUCACCUACUUCCCCUUCGACUACCAGAACUGCACCAUGAAGUUCGGCUCGUGGACCUACGACAAGGCCAAGAUCGACCUGGUGCUCGUCGGCUCCGCCGUCAACCUCCAGGACUUCUGGGAGAGCGGCGAGUGGACCAUCAUCGACGCCCCCGGCUACAAGCACGACGUCAAGUACAACUGCUGCGAGGAGAUCUACACGGACAUCACGUACUCGCUGUACAUCCGCCGGCUGCCGCUCUUCUACACCGUCAACAUGAUCGUCCCGUGCCUCCUCAUCUCCUUCCUCACCGUGCUCGUCUUCUACCUGCCGUCCGACUGCGGCGAGAAGGUCACGCUGUGCAUCUCCGUGCUGCUGUCGCUCACCGUCUUCCUCCUCGUCAUCACCGAGACCAUCCCGUCCACCUCGCUCGUCAUCCCCCUGAUCGGCGAGUACCUCCUCUUCACCAUGGUCUUCGUCACGCUCUCCAUCGUGAUCACCGUCUUCGUGCUGAACGUCCACUACCGCACGCCGGAGACGCACGCCAUGCCGCGCUGGGUGCGGGCCGUGUUCCUGGGGCUGCUGCCCCGGGCGAUGUUCAUGACCAGGCCGGAGAGGGACCCCGAGAAAGCGGCCGGCGACGUUAAGGCGAUGCGUUCGAGGCCCCGCGGCGUUCAUUCGUCCGGCGCCCUGCAGAAGCGCCGCAAACCUCAGCAAACCCUGACCUGCGGCGCGGCGUCCGGCUCCACCGACCGCCAGCGGCUCGACAACAACGCGGAGCUCUGGAACCUCAACGACUUGAGCGGAGACUCGGCCAAAGGCGGCGGCCGCGAGGGACGAUGCAGCUGCCGCCGCUGGCACCGGUGGUCCGGCCAGACCCUGCCUGCGGACUCCAGGGGAGGGGGCGGGGCUCUGGCCGGCGGAGGGAGGAGUCGGCGCUCCAGCUCCGAGUCCCUGGAGGGAGGGAUGCUGUCCCCCGAGGUCCGGGAGGCCAUCGACAGCGUCAAGUACAUCGCGGAGAAUAUGAGACGACAGAACCAAGCGAAGGAGGUUCAGGAUGACUGGAAGUACGUCGCCAUGGUCAUCGACAGGAUCUUCCUCUGGGUGUUCGUGCUGGUGUGCAUCAUGGGAACCGCCGGCCUCUUCCUGCAGCCUCUGUUGCUCUGGGACGACAUUUAAAUCGAUAAAAGCAAAAAACUUCGAUUUGCUUUUAACUUGCACAGCCGGAGGAAAUACAGAGUCAAGUUUAAGUGACUGUGCUUUCACAGAUGGAGUAGAUACCUUUUUGUUGGAAUAAGUGGUUUUAAGAAAUAAAGCAAAGUCCACGGUG